CAGUUCAGAGCUCAUCCAUCACCAAUUAAUAAGCGCAGCUAGUGCUAAUUCAAAGAAUUGAAAAUGAAGAUGUUUAUUUUGCUUUCGUUCCUCCAUCUCCUUAUCGCCUUUUCCUCUUGUAAUGCUAGAAUAACAACUCCGAACCAGCUCUUGCCUCCUCCGGUGCGUGACAAUCAAGGCGAGAUUCUCACAUCAGACUCCAGGUACUUCAUGUUGCCUGGAGCUGGUGGUGGCGGAGUAACACGAGACUUGGGAAAUGGAACUGAAGCCAACUCCAAUUUUGUGUGUCCAUUUCAGGUGGUGCAGUCCCGAAAAGAUCUAGACCCCGGCAUGCCUGUGUUUCUAAAACCUCGUAAUAACCAAGUUAAAAAGAUCACUGAAUCAACUUCUCUUAACAUCAAGUUCUAUCUUAAUCCAACUUUCGCAUGUGCUGACAACUUAGUGUGGAUGGUUGAAGGUUUUCCAGGGACACAGAGUCCGUUUUUCUUGUCAACUAACGGAGUAGAAGGAGAUCCCUUACAAAUGACCAGCUGGUUUCAGAUUAAGAAAUUUAAUGAUCAUCCUACUGAUUAUUCUUACAAGGUGGUGUUUUGUCCAUGGGGAGAAUCCUUCUGCAAUGACAUUGGAAUCGAGGUAGUUGACCGACAAAGGCGUUUGGCUUUGACUUUGAGCCCCAAUAAUACCUUCCGAUUUUUAUUCGUAAAGGAUACAAGCGACCGAAUGUCGAUUAUAUGAUGCGAAUCAUAAAUCUGGGUAGCUCUUGUAUUGUAAUAAAUAAUAAUCUUAUGCAUGCGUAGACUGCAUAUAUAUGUCCAUGCAUAAGACAAUUUCAUUCGUAAUAAUGAGGAGUAUUGAAAUCUUAAUGAAUACUAAAUCCCCUGUUCUUUUCGUAA